CGCGAGUGGUUAGUCACCCCGCUUUGUCCGCGUUCUCUGCAGCGCGCAGCCACAGAGCUCAGCGCGCAUCUAUAAAAGGCUCCCUGCAGCCGCCGCUGCAACGCCAGCGCGCCGCCGCAGCGCCACGGCCUAAGGAGGUCCUCCCACCGGGCUCCACGGCCGCGCGCCGCGCGUAACCCGCUCGCGCCCGCGCCGCCGCAAAGAUGGUCGCGGGAGAAUGUCAAACGAAGAACAUGAACGAGUAUGAUCCGGACGAGCAGGAGGAGACGCCGCCCGAGCUCGACGCCGGCGAUAUUGAAUUGCUGAAGACGUAUGGGAAUGGCCCUUAUACUUUGAAGAUUAAGGACUGCGAAGAUGAAAUAAAAAAGCACGAGAAGAAAGUCAAGGAGUUGAUAGGUAUCAAAGACAGCGACACGGGCUUAUGUAUACCGUCGCAGUGGGACUUAGUGGCCGACAAGCAGGCCAUCCAGGAAGAACAGCCCUUGCAAGUAGCAAGGUGCACCAAAAUAAUAGACGAGUCGGGCACGGGCGAGGACUGCAAGUACGUGAUCAACGUCAAACAAAUUGCCAAAUUCGUCGUCGGCUUGGGCGAAAAAGUAGCACCGACGGACGUCGAAGAGGGCAUGCGCGUCGGCGUCGACCGCACGAAGUACGCCAUCCAGAUCCCCUUGCCGCCGAAGAUCGAUCCCACUGUCAGCUUAAUGACCGUCGAAGAUAAGCCGGACGUUACUUACGAUGAGGUAGGAGGCGCCAAGGACUCGCUGGAGAAGCUCAGGGAAGUGGUAGAAUUGCCCCUGUUGCAUCCGGAGCGGUUUUUGACGCUGGGGAUCGAUCCCCCGAAGGGAGUGUUGUUGUACGGCCCGCCGGGCACGGGCAAGACGCUGUCGGCCCGAGCGGUGGCCAACCGGACGGACGCUUGUUUUAUCAGAGUUAUUGGUUCGGAGCUCGUACAAAAGUACGUCGGCGAAGGCGCGAGGAUGGUCCGGGAGCUCUUCACGAUGGCGCGGUCGAAGAAGGCCUGCAUUAUUUUCUUCGACGAGGUCGAUGCCAUUGGUGGAAGUAGAACGUCGGGCGACGGUGAUGGCGGGAGCGACAACGAGGUCCAACGCACGAUGUUGCAGAUCGUGACGGAGCUGGAUGGUUUCGAUCCCCGCGGUAAUAUUAAGGUGCUCAUGGCGACCAAUAGACCUGAUACAUUGGACCCAGCUUUAUUGCGACCUGGUCGAUUAGAUCGGAAGGUCGAGUUCGGUUUACCAGAUUUAGAGGGCCGGACUCAUAUAUUACGGAUCCACGCCAAGACCAUGGCGGCGGACCGCGACAUCCGCUACGAGCUGCUCGCGCGGCUCUGCCCGAACACGACGGGCGCGGAAUUAAGGAGCGUGUGCACGGAGGCGGGCAUGUUCGCCAUCCGCGGGCGCCGCAAGUCCAUCACGGAGAAGGACAUGAUCGACGCCGUCAACAAGGUCAUCAAGGGCUACCAGAAGUUCAGCUCGACGCCCAAGUACCUGACGUACAACUAGUCGUCGCCUUUAACGUUCUGUCUCUUAUCU